AUGACGUCUGCGCCCUAUUUAGAGGAACAAUUAAAAAAUCUUCGAAAUUUGCCGAACAUAUUGGAAAUGAACUUCAAGUUAAUGCGACAUUUGGACUAUCGAGCUCACGGCCUAAUGAGGAGAAGCAAUCUCAUGGCUGACGAGUUCUUGCCGAACAUUCCUAAUUUGGACGAGGAUACGAGGACGGAGAAGGUGAAUGCAAUUCAAGCAAUCUUCACGCAAAUAAAUGACUACAGCGAUGACAAAGUUCAGGUGGCAAUCCAAACAUAUGCGCUGGUAGACAAGCACAUACGGCGCCUGGAUAAAGACAUUGCGCGCUUCGAGUCCGAGAACCAAAAGCAAGAGAAGACUGCUCGUGCAGCCCAGAAGGCCACCGCAGACCAGGAGCCUUCUACUACUACUACAACGGUAAAGAAAGGUAGGAAAAUUCGCAAAGGCAAUGUAAAGACUGAAGCCACUGGCUUAAAGAAAUGCGCUGGUACGUCCAGCGAAGGCGACGCAGCCGCGUCGGGUAGUUCCGCAGCCAAGAAAAAGACUCCACGUAAGAGUACAGCACCGAUAGCAAUUGCUGUGAAAAAAGAAGUACCGUCUGAGAAUUCAAAUUUAGACUCGGCUGCUGGCGAGGCUGAUUCUAGUGAUGUGUGGGACAUGCCUGUAGACCCCAAUGAGCCCACAUUUUGCAUUUGCCACCAAGUAUCUUAUGGUGCGAUGAUUGGCUGUGACAACCCAGAAUGUCCCAUAGAGUGGUUCCACUUCGCUUGUGUAAACAUUAAGAUAAAACCCAAAGGUAAAUGGUAUUGUCUUGACUGCUCUCAAGAUGGAAAGAACAAAUAAACAGUGAUAUCCCCUGUUAAACAAAUACGCGUUCGUUGUAAUUUUGUUAAAUAAAAGACUUAUUGUUAAUUCCAUUUUAGUACUUGUCGUUACGUUAGUAUUCUGUAAGUACGGAACCUUAAAAAGCAAAAAGUUUUGUAAAGAAAUUUGAAAUUUGAUGAUGAUGAGACUCCCGUGAUGUAUCAGGUUACAAGGGUGAAAAGUUGUACGUGUUUAAUCAAACAAUAUAUCAUAGAGUAAGUUAUAUUCGUUGUUGUAUGACAUCGUUUUAAUAAAUCUUAAUUUAGCCUAGCAUUAUUGAUUUAUGGAAUUGUACAAGAAUCAGGUCACAAGGUCACAAUAUGUAAAGGUCAUUCGAUGCUUCGGCCUGGGAAUUCCUAGUAAAUCAGAUUAAGGUGAAUGCCCUGCUAUUCGCACCGAUGCUAGCGCGUACUCGCCGAAUUCACUUAAUUGAAUCUUACGCGUAAAACUUUUCGAACACACUGAAUUUAAAUACCUUUAUACCAAAAAUUAAAAUUGAUUUGUUAAUCGUGGAUGCGUUCCGUUGCUCAUGUAACUCUGAAUGAGUUUAAGUUUUACCCUAUUUUUGUUCAGAGGGAACUCUAUACCUCGUGCUUACGUGUUCGAUAACGUCAUUCCGGUUCGGACGGGUUUAAAACCUACCUAUUGUAUUCUACUGAAAUGUGGCUUUUAAGCACUUACUUCAGUUCGGAGAAUUUACGCGGUAUUUUAAAUUAUUAUUGGCGUUAUAACAGUAAGCUCCGUGACGAGAGGCCGCAUCACGCUUAAAUCAAGAAAAUUAAAGGGCUAUUUUCCAAAUCGUAUCGUCAAAUUUUGUUAUAACAAUCUUUUUAAAUUAAUUUUGUUUGAAUUCUAUUAGCGAUAGGUUUUUUAUUUCCAAUUUUAUUUUCAGUCCAAAUAUAUUUUUAGUUAUAUUUAAUUUCGUUGUCUUAGAAUAAGAAAAUAAUGUACUCCACUACGAGAACUAGGCUCUAGGUGUAAAUAGUUUUAAGGUGUAUUUAGAUAGUUGACCUUCAACAGUCCAGCUGUGGUGUGUAAAAAGAUUACGUGCAUCUUUUUAUCGGCGAGACAGCAUAAAUAGUGUUAGAAUUAAUAUAUGAAAUCUGUGUUGCACUGUGUACAGACUGCACUAAAAUUAUUACCUAAAGUUGACAAAAUUUGAUGGUGAUGUAAGCCCAGGAAAUGGCGACGUGCUUAUUAGAUGUUGAUUAGUCUAAAAAUUGUCAUUGUAUUCGAAAAAUGUGUAGCGAAAUUCAGUGUUGUAAAAUUGUCUAAUAAUCAUCCAGAUUCUGUGAUGUAGAUUGCCUCUGUAACUGAAAAUCGGGGUAUCUCUUUCCCCACCAAAAAAUAGUCUUCUUUUUUGCCAAAAUUUCUGAUACUUACGGUCGAUGAGGGCGGGGAAAUCUAAAUCCUUUCUGUAAUUGCCUGUAGUAUCAAUUUCACAGCCGUAACAUGAUUUUUCUUCUAUUACACAGAGAUAACACUGACAUUCAGUUUCAGAGGUGGUAAAACGACACGGUGUCGGGCCAAAGAUGCGUUAUUUUGAAGGUCAUUUAAUGAUAUUGUAGAUUUAAACUUAUGGUUAACGUUGCGCUGUCCGGCCUGGCUGCCCGCCACUCCGUUGUACAUAGAAGGCGCAUUGACAACACAUCUACCUUUUCAGUAGUAGAAAUAUAAAUAGAAGUUAAAGUAAAAGUUACGGAUGGUUUGAAUAUUCAACGAAUUAUGUUCACCUAAGAUUCGUCUGUCUAUCCUUUUCUUUUUUUAUUGUUUCGAACAGGAUUACAUUUUAAAAUCAUUUAGGCAUAGAUGGAGAUAGUCGACGAAACGUGUCGCGCUGACGUGAUCAGAUCUUGUACUUAUGUUACCUUAAAACCAUUAAUUUAAUGAGGUGCAAUAUUGGAUGCGGCAAUCACAAAAAGUGUUGCGCAUCAUGCAAUACUAGAAUUAAGAAUAAUUUGCCGUUAUAAAUAAACUAGGUAUUUUAUUCUAAGGGAAGUACAUUUACCAAAAUACCUACGUAUUUGUGUGUGUAUUUUUGCGGUAUUGUUACAUAAAUGGCUAUCCUCCGUAUUAGGUAACAUGCACAGACGGACAAUCUAUGGUUUACGAAGUUCGUUGAAUAUAAAAAUCUAGAAUUAAGCAGAUAUCACUGUAUCAUUCGUCGAACAUGCACUCAAUCAUAUCACGCUAGUUCAUUUGAAGAUAUUGCAUAAAAUUAUUAUAGUAAAUUCACAAUUGGCAAAUCAGGAUUCACAGUCCCAUAAAAUGAGCAGGCUUGUUACUAGCAGUUCGUUGAAGUAGAAUGUCGUAGCUUAUAAUUAUUUGCAUGUUUCAUAUCAGCAUGUGCGGAUAGUAAUUGGCAUGCUAUUUUCAAAAUUCAUUAACGAUUGUAUUUAAACGGUUGCACAUGAGUAGUCCAUGAAAAUUUGUAAUAUAAAUAGUAAUAUAAUGUAUGUUCGACGAAUGCUCGCGUGAUCCCUCUGAUAGUGGAUAAAAUAAUAUUGGGCGUUAACCCUACGCAUUGCACGCGUCAGCAUAUUCUGUAGGGUAGUUCGACGCGUCGGUCGUGUGUAUACAUAAAUUUAGUAAUAUGCAUGUAUGUAAGUAAAUAAUACAUUUAACGAUACAUUUUAGAUGACCCAACAUAACAGGACAUAUUUGAUGAAAUUUGUGUAUCUUUAAAUAAGACAGUAGAUUCGUUCAGAUAUACAAACAUUGCACGAUUUCAUAUUAUAGAUGAAUAAGUAAAAUGUUUACUACCAUAUUUAACCGAAGAAAUGUUUAUUGUAAUCUUAUACUAAGCGAUGAGAGUAAUUAUUGUACCAAUUGUAAUUUCGUUAUGUUUAUAAGAUUUUCAGUUUAUGAACAUUAGGUAAUUAACCUAUUUUAUACAAAUAAUUAUAUCUCUUUUACGUGCAAUUUAUAAUUUACAUUUAUUUACAGAAUAUGGUCGGUAAAUAAGCUCGUAGUUUUUCUUAGUUUCCAAUUUUGAAUCUUAUUUGUCUUGAUAAUAACAAAUUAAAUGUAUAAACUUAUCUAAUGUAAUGCCACGUGGGUAUGUUCAGCCACGGGUAGAUUCAAUGGAAAAUGUGUAAAUGUAUCCUAGAAAAUUGGAAAGAAAUUGUAAAUUAUUAUAUUUUUACGGCGCGUAUAAGUAGUGCGCGAAUGAGGGCUAUCGUUUUUAUACUUAAGAGUUGGCACCCCUGGCGAUUGACAGGACCUUACUCUACAGUGGCGCCAUCUUGACGAGUGCAAAUGCGAUAGUCCUCCUACCACUUUCGCGCUCACCAGUUGGUGCCACUGUCUUCGCUACUAGCAAGUGACAGGACCUUACUCUACAGUGGCGCUAACUGGUGAGCGCUAAAACGAUAGCCCUCAUUGGGUGUUGUAGUAUAAAUUAUAUUGAAUGAAAGAUAUUGGUUAAAAUGUUCUAGCAAUGCGCCAUUUUGGUAAUUGGUUAGCGGUUUAAAGUGUAUGUCACUUGGAAAAUUCCACAUUAUUCUAGAUGACGUCUUAUAUCUUGAAUUUAAAGGACAUUUUUAAUUACUGCAUGUAUUUCUACACACUUGAUACACUUGCACACACUCGUGGCAAUGAUUUUCUCACAUCAUAUAGGAAAAUUAGAUGAGAACUCAAUGUUUCAUAGGUAAAGUUCAAUUGGAUAACAUAUAGAAUAAGCAUACCUUCAAUUUUUCAAAAUUUACUGUUACGGUGUUAUGUACGACCAAUUUGAAAUGUAUUCAUGAUUAUUUGUUAAUUAAACUAGAUAAUGUUAAAUUGAAUUUAAUGACUAAUCUACGUGUAUCUCUUUAAGUAAUUGUAAUCAUUAUCAUGGUUUUACCAUUGUCAAAAAAUGUUUUUUAUAAGUUCGCUAUUUUGUUUUAGUAGUUAUAAACAUGUAAGGGCUAUUAUAGUUAACCAUUUUAAAGUACCUAUUAUAAAAUUGUAUCUAUCCUAAGUCUGAUUUCACACCAUUAAUAAAGUAGUGAUUAUGGAA